ACAGUCAUGAAGUGCCUUAUCCUUCUGGCCCUCUUUGCUGCAGCUUAUGCUGCUCCCAUUGAGGAUGACAAGAUCAUUGGAGGCUACGUGUGUGGCAAGAACUCCGUCAAAUACCAGGCCUCUCUGAACUCUGGCUACCACUUCUGUGGCGGCUCCCUGAUCUCCAGCACCUGGGUGGUGUCUGCUGCUCACUGCUACAAGUCCCGCAUUGAGGUGCGUCUUGGUGAGCACAACAUCGCUGUCUCCGAAGGAACCGAGCAGUUCAUCUCCUCCUCCAAGGUCAUCCGUCACCCGUCAUACAACAGCUACACCCUGGACAACGACAUCAUGCUGAUCAAGCUCAGCAGGGCCGCCACCCUCAACAGCUACGUCGGCACCGUGUCUCUGCCCUCCAGCUGCGCCGGCGCUGGCACCAACUGUCUGAUCUCUGGAUGGGGCAACACCAGCACCUCUGGAAGCAACUACCCUGAUACCCUGAGGUGCCUGAAUGCUCCCAUCCUGAGCGACACCAGCUGCAAGAACGCCUACCCUGGAGAGAUCACCUCCAACAUGUUCUGCGCUGGAUUCCUGGAGGGAGGAAAGGACUCUUGCCAGGGUGACUCCGGUGGCCCCGUGGUGUGCAACGGUCAGCUGCAGGGUGUGGUGUCCUGGGGAUACGGCUGUGCCCAGCCGAACCUGCCUGGAGUCUACGCCAAGGUCUGCAGAUACAACUCCUGGAUCAGCAGCACCAUGUCCUCCAACUAA